AUGAGGAAGUGGACGAUCCCUUCCGCUCUGCUUCUGCUGUGCCUUCUCUCUCUCCUGCCGGAUCAGGGUCGGAAAUUACAGGCCAAUGCAGAGGGUAGUUCUGAGGAGCUCGUAGAUCCACCAAAGGUUGAGGACAAGAUCGGGGCUGUUCCCAAUGGGCUGUCCACCGACUCUGACGUCGCUAAGAGGGAGGCCGAGUCAAUCUCAAAGAGAUCACUCCGCAGCAACGCGGAACAGUUUCAGUUCCAGGCAGAGGUGUCUCGGCUCAUGGACAUUAUUAUCCACUCUCUCUAUAGCAACAAAGACAUUUUCCUCAGGGAGCUGAUCUCCAAUGCUUCUGAUGCGCUCGACAAGAUUAGAUUCCUUGCCCUUACAGACAAGGAGGUUUUGGGUGAAGGCGAUGACACUAACCUCCAAAUACAGAUUAAAUUAGACAAGGAGAAGAGAAUCCUCUCCAUUCGUGACAGGGGUAUAGGUAUGACAAAGGAGGACUUAAUCAAGAACUUGGGAACCAUAGCAAAAUCUGGAACUUCAGCCUUUGUGGAGAAGAUGCAGACAAGUGGUGAUCUCAAUCUUAUUGGGCAAUUUGGAGUUGGGUUCUACUCUGUAUACCUCGUUGCAGAUAAUGUGGAAGUCAUCAGCAAACACAAUGAUGACAAACAGCAUGUUUGGGAGUCAAAGGCUGACGGGUCAUUUGUAGUUUCCGAGGAUACAUAUAAUGAACCACUGGGACGUGGUACUGAAAUUAGAUUGCAUCUUAGAGAAGAAGCAGGGGAAUAUUUGGAAGAGAGCAAACUAAAAUUGGUGAAGAAAUAUUCUGAAUUUAUCAACUUCCCCAUCCACCUCUGGGCAAGCAAAGAGGUUGAUGUGGAGGUUCCUGCCGAUGAGGAUGAGUCCUCUGAUGAGGAAGAAUCAACUGAAAGCAAAUCCUCCGAGGAAGAAACUGAGAAAAGUGAAGAUGAAGAUGAAGAUUCUGAGAAAAAACCGAAGACAAAGAAAAUAAAAGAAACUACUUAUGAAUGGGAGCUUCUAAAUGAUGUUAAAGCUAUAUGGUUGCGCAAUCCAAAGGAAGUAACUGAUGAAGAGUACACCAAAUUCUAUCACUCUCUUGCCAAGGAUUUUGGUGAUGAGAAGCCUUUAUCAUGGAGCCACUUUACCGCUGAAGGUGACGUAGAAUUCAAGGCUGUCCUGUUUGUGCCUCCUAAGGCUCCUCAUGAUCUAUAUGAGAGCUACUAUAAUGCCAAUAAAUCCAACUUGAAGUUGUAUGUUAGAAGGGUUUUCAUUUCAGAUGAAUUUGAUGAGCUUUUGCCAAAGUAUCUGAAUUUUUUGAAGGGUCUUGUUGAUUCUGAUACCUUGCCACUCAAUGUAUCACGAGAAAUGCUUCAACAACACAGCAGUUUGAAGACAAUUAAGAAGAAGCUCAUCCGGAAAGCCCUUGAUAUGAUCCGUAAACUUGCUGAGGAAGAUCCUGAUGAGUCCAAUGACAAAGACAAGAAAGAGCUUGAGAAAUCCAGUGAUGAUGAUGAGAAGAGAGGCCAAUAUACUAGAUUCUGGAAUGAAUUCGGCAAGUCCAUUAAGCUUGGUAUCAUUGAAGAUGCGGCUAACAGGAAUCGUUUGGCAAAACUCCUAAGAUUUGAGAGCACCAAGUCAGAUGGAAAAUUGACUUCACUAGAUCAGUACAUUUCAAGGAUGAAAUCUGGGCAGAAGGACAUAUUUUACAUUACUGGAGCCAGCAAAGAACAGUUGGAAAAAUCUCCAUUCAUUGAGCGGCUUAAGAAGAAAAAUUAUGAGGUUAUUUUCUUCACAGAUCCAGUUGAUGAAUAUCUGAUGCAAUACUUGAUGGACUAUGAAGACAAGAAAUUCCAGAACGUGUCAAAGGAGGGUUUGAAACUUGGUAAAGACUCAAAAGACAAGGAAGUCAAGGAAUCAUACAAGGAACUCACUAAAUGGUGGAAGAGUGCUCUUGCCAGUGACAAUGUGGAUGAUGUGAAGCUGUCCAACCGUUUGGCUGACACGCCUUGUGUGGUCGUGACAUCAAAGUAUGGUUGGAGUGCAAACAUGGAGAGGAUCAUGCAGUCUCAGACUUUAUCAGAUGCUAGCAAACAAGCAUACAUGCGUGGCAAGAGGAUCCUUGAGAUUAACCCAAGGCACCCAAUCAUCAAGGAGCUCCGGGAGAGAGUAGUAAAGAAUGCUGAGGAUGAGAGCGUAAAGCAGACAGCGCAGCUUAUUUACCAGACUGCACUCAUGGAGAGCGGUUUCAAUCUUCCAGACCCCAAGGAUUUUGCCUCCCGCAUCUACAGUUCAGUGAAGUCUAGCCUAAACAUAAACCCUGAUGUUGCAGUUGAGGAGGAAGAAGAGGUUGAAGAGGUUGAGACAGAAACUGCUACAAAUGAAGCGACAGCUACCCCUGAGGCCGAUGCAGAUACACUGAAGGAUGAGUUGUAG